GUAUUUCUGAAAAAUGGCACUGAGUGACCUCCUUUACCCAGACAACCCCAAGAGAAGGCAAGAAUUGAUCCAUCUGCACCAGGAAUUGCUUGACUGCAUGUCCACAAAUUUCCGUGCAACAAAUGAGCUGGCUGGAGUGCUGAACGAACACCUGGGCUGUGCCAUUACCCACAUUCAGAUGAAAGAGCACAGCACUGUCAAGGAAAACUGUGACAUUAUCAUUCAAGCAAUGAGUGAGAUUCAGCGUCAGGUACAGAAGAUUGAUAGUGACAUGAAGGAAAAGCUAGAGCCUGUGCUGUACCAGAAGCUGUAUGACAUCAAAGAGCCCGAGUUGGAGAAAAUUGCAAUAGCCCAUAAAAUUUUUUCCACUGUUCUUGGAGAAGCAACUGCAACAGCUGGGAUGGUAGCUGUCAAACUUCUUGGCUCCAAUCUUAUAACUCUCACUGUGAGCAAGCUUGUCAGCCUCCUUGCGCAGAUUGGGGCAUCUGUUCUUGGGGGAAUCAGCAUCACCAUUCUUGGGCUCGGCAUUGAAAUGAUCCUCCAUGCCAUCCUGGGAGCCAUGGAGAGGAAUCAGCUUCUGGCAGCUGUGAGAAGCUACGAGGAGCACCUGGCUGAGUUUAAAGCAGCCUCAGAAAAGUACCAGCGUGCCAUAUGUGAAGUGACUUCUUUGGUGAGGCAGCAGGUUCAGUGAAUGGAGUCAGAGUUCCCUCUGCUGUUAUGAGAGUGGCUGCAGUAGCUAUGCCUGCAAAAACCUUUUCGACUCAUUAUGGUUAAUGAACUAUCAAUGGCUUUUUUUCUUACUAGUGGCAGCAGAGCAAGGGAUGUGACAGAUCAGGGAACUGGCACUGAAAUAUAUUGAUAGGGAACUGGCUUAUAGGUGAUUCUGGGAGGCAAUACUUCAAAUACUUCACACCUUCCCUUCAGCCAUUUUCUGGAUUGCAUUGUAGGUAACCUUGAAUUGUAAUUUGUACUAGUGACAAUAAUAUUCACUGCUGGAGCAACAGUGGUGAAAAGGUGUGAUUUUUCUCUUACUGUGUUUCUGUAUCAAAGACGGCAACAUGAUGGGAGAAAACAAUUUCAACAAGCCAGCCCAGUCAUCAUCUGGAGGGCUCAUCAGGACAGCUGUAGUUGCAACUCUUAGUAUGGAUUAGUGCUAAAUAUGAUAGGCUGAAUUUCCUGUUCAUUGAACUGCUUACAA